UAUAAAAAGAUCUUAUUUCAUUUUUUUCCAUUUCGUUUAAUACAUUUAGAAUAUUUUUGUUAGAUCUUUCUUAUAUCCUCUUAUAUUUUUAAAUAUGAACGAAUCGGGAUCUAAUUUAGUGACCACGUAUGCUUUUAAAGGAGGGAAAGAAUAUGUCGUAAAAAUGAAAGUGAUGGCUUUUAAACGAUGUCAAAGAUGUUUGGAAUUGACAAUAACUGAUAAAUUUACUGCUGAGGAUUGGCGAUCAUCUUAUGAUACUGCAUAUAUUGAAAAUUUGACGCAUAAAACAGGAAAUUAUAAACAGUUUGACGUAUUUGUCGCAAUGCUACAAUCAGGACUAUUAAAAACAAGCGAGUCUAUCACAUUGGAUUUAUUGACUUUUGAGGAUCUAGAAUUAUUACGUUCUCGCAAAAUUGAUAGUAGUUCUGUUUCAGCUAUGAGUAAUAAGGCAAAUAAUCGACGGUAUCUCAUUUUAACAUAUACAGUAGAAUUUGAUCGAAUCCAUUAUCCAUUGCCCUUGGAAUACUGUGGUUUGCCUGAUCCAACAAUAUUGCAAGCAACAAUAAGAAGAUUGCAAGCUGAAAUUGAAAGAUUAAAUUCUACUGGUAUGAAUAAAGAUCUUCAAAAACGGAUAGAAAAACUUACAAUCACAAAUCAAAGGUUACUUGAAGAAAAUCAUAAACUCUCUAAUGGAGGAAAGGGUAUAAGACGAUUAGCAAGUGCAAUAAGUGCAUUAGAAAAUAGCGUUGCCAAAGAACGAACAUCAUUUCGAGUACAAAUUCAAAAACUUCGUACUGAAAAUGCUGUAUUGUCUUUAAAAAUACGUCAGCUUACUGAGUCUACUACCAGAAGAUCUGGUGAUGGUAGUCCUGCGUUUAAACGUCGGACUCCUCCACCUUCUUCGCAUAGUCGUCGUUCCAUUAAUAGAAGAAGUAGAAGUCGAUCUCCUUCUAUUUCUGGUCAUUUUAAAACAUCUAGCUUAUCACCUGGUAUUACAGAUAAUUUAAAUUUCUUAUACAAUAAUAUAAAAUUCUACCAUAUUAAAAUAGUAAUUAUUUACAAGUUAAUAUCAAUAGACAAAAAUUAUAGGAAGUUCAGUGGAGUCAUUUCAAACUAAAAAUUCUUCGAAUCGGAACAUUAAAUUGAUUUUGGAAAUUUGGAAUCAAGAAUUUACACACUUCAAAAAAUGUUAAAAGAAGGAAUUAAUUUAAGUUAAAAAAAUGAAUUCAGUAAUAUUUACUCUUUAUGUAUAUACAAACUAAAUACAU